CUCAAAAUGGAAAAUACUCAGAUGGAUCUUAAUGAAGCUAAGCAUGUUGGAAAGGAUCAGAAGGAAAAACAAAUUCUCUCCGAAGAAAUUAAUGAGAAUGAGAAUAUCUAUCUGAAACUAGGAUCUUCAAAGAUAUCAAAGGUACAUUUUAGAGGAGCUGGUAAAGCAUUAUAUUUAUGGUCUGGAAACAAAUACUUCACUGAUAAUCUCAAAUAUUAUAAAAACAAAGAACAAAUUUCAUCUGAAAUUCAAGCUCAACAUGGAUACGGGAUGCCAAAACACUUUAAAGCUUAUGAAAUUUCCAGAGCAUGCUUACAAAAUGCAUUUUAUUCUAAUAGUGAGAUGUUUGCUUUUCUAGAUAAUCCCAGACAAGUCCAAAUCGGAAAUGAAUUUAAUGGCUUUUUAAACUUAAAUGAAAAAUUCUACAAGAUGCUUGUUUAUAAAACCCUAAGCAUGUGACUCGAGUCAAUCAAUAUUUCAAAACUAAUUCUGACAAAAAGAGAUAUUUCCAAAAUCUUAAUCUGUGGGAGACAUUUACAAGCUACUAACUUCAACAGUUGCAUAAUUCCUUCCCAAAAAUAUCCACAAAACUUUAAUAAUUAUGUGACUCAGACUAAUCUAAAGGUAGUGAAUUUUAUAGAUUGUGCUAGUUCAGAAGGGUCAGAUAUUGGUUCAUGCAAGAAGAUGAUUUGUAGCAUUAUGAAGGGAAUCUUAAACACUGAAUUAGUUAAUCUUAUGGAAUGUGUCACUUUUACUGGUGCUCCACUUGAAAUUAAAGCUCAGGAGUUGGGAGAGGAGCUUGGAAGUAAGGGAGUGAAGGGUUGAUGGAAGUACGACCAGAGAUUGAUUUAUUUUGAUUUGGGGCCUUCUUAA